GAGCCCCCCUUAUCUCUCCCGAUAAUGCGGACCGGGGUCUUCGGCGGCGAGUCGGAGGACACUUUUGUUGGAACCUGCAUCUACCAUCACAUCAGUCACCCGAGCAUGAUCUCAUGGCUUUCCCACCAGACCAUGACCGCGACGUAGACCCACAAAUCAAGCAACAUGGCCGGCAACGGGACCCGGAGCCGAACCGGAUGUCUAGACUGUCGGCGGCGGAAGCGAAGGUGCGAUGAAGGGAAGCCAAAGUGCGCGAGCUGUCGCAAGCACGGCGUCGCGUGUGUGUACGUCAAGUCGAGCCAGUCUUCGCCAUCCAAGUUUCUUCUCUCCGUGGCAUCUGGCCGCUUUAUCGCGCCGUUGGAAUCGCCGGCGAGCGAUUCCUUUGUGAACCUUCGAAGCGAUGAGCUGGCUCUCGUUUGUCAGCAGUACGCGGACGGUCCUAGAGGAUAGUUGGUGGACUUGCCAUUGUCUCAGGGGCAACCUCGACUCAUGCCGGCUCUGAGUUGGCUGCCAAAGUCAGGCACGCUCGCCGGUGGACGAGAAAGCAUGAUGGUUCAGUACUACUUUGAGGUCAUUAGCAACAGCCGGGUAUACGUCCCUAGCGAGAGAAACCUCUUCAGGACGUCCAUCAUGCCCAUCCUCCUCAGCAGCAGCGGCCCUCUCUUUUCUACCGUCCUGGCAUUGAGUGCGGCGGAAAUGGUCCGGAGGACCCCGCAAGAUGGGGUGGACUAUGCCGGUGCAGCCAUUCGAUACAAGAUCAACGCCUUGACACAGCUGCAGUCGAAGCUUGACACCGCUAUCGAGGCAGAGGAGAAUCUCCUGACGUGCGUGCUCCAGGCCUCCUUGGAGAUAGCUGAAGGGUCUCGUCCGUCGUGGUUGAGGCAUCUACGGGGUGCUCUGGCCAUCAUGGACGCCCACGGCGACUGGAUCACGCCCGAGUGUGCCGCGCUCGUUCUUCAGUAUUUUCGGUUUCGAUACAUCUUGAUGAAGACGACCGGAUGCAAAGCGCCGCAUCUUGAUGGACAGACCGACGACUGUGACGAGGCCAUCGGACGUCUCGAGCGGCUCUUGCCAGGUCAAGGGACGUUCCAGACGAUUGACCCUCAGAUCGGCUGUUCGAUGGAGCUGGUUCAACUAAUCAGCAUGGUCUCGGCAGCGGCUCGGAAGGAUGAUGGAUACUCGGAAGAGGGAUCACGCCUCGAGAGACGUAUUCGGGAGUUGGACUUCUCUGCUGAGAGCACGCACGACGACUACCUCGUCAAAAGCGCCGAGUGCUUUAGGUUCGCUGCUCUGAUAUACCUCCAGUUGAUAGUUUAUGGAGCUACUGUACGGACUCGGGCGAUCCCGCAGUUAUUGCAGACGCUGCUGGAUCGUCUUGGCGAGGUGAUUGUCGAGGAUCAACCCCAGCGAUCAUUCCCCAUGUGGCCGCUGUUCAUCGCUGGGUGUGUCAGUUCUAGUGACGCACAUCGCAAGGCUGUGCUUGACCUGUUCAAUCUGCUGGACAGCAAGUGGCCCAUCAGUAACAUAUCGACGGUGAAGAGGGUCGUCUGGACAAUCUGGCAGACGCGGGAUUUUGACAGCGGUGGUGCAACGUCCGCAGAUCAAGACUGGCAGGAGAUUAUUGACAAGUUUGGGUGGAAGCUUUCUUUGUCGUAG